AUGGACCCACGGCCACAGACUCUCAUCGAGUCGCCCUACGCGCGAUCCCUACUGGCCGGCGCCCUCGCCGGCUCAACAGUCGACAUCUCCCUCUUCCCCCUCGACACGCUCAAAACCCGCCUCCAAUCCUCUCCCGGCUUCUUCGCCUCCGGCGGCUUCCGCGGCGUCUACAGCGGAAUCGGGUCCGCGAUCGUGGGUUCCGCUCCGGGCGCAGCCUUAUUCUUCGUGACAUACGAGGGCACGAAACGAGCCUUCGCCUCCUCCGACAGCACACACACGAGGGGGAAAUAUGGCGACGCGGGGGUACACAUGCUCGCGGCGAGUUUGGGGGAAAUUGCGGCUUGUGCGGUGAGGGUGCCGACGGAGGUGGUCAAGCAGCGGGCGCAAGCGAGGCAGUAUCCCAGUUCGAUGAGUGCGUUGAGGUCGAUUUUGGAGGUCAGGAAGACGGUGGGGUAUGGGGCGGUGUGGAUGGGACUGUAUCGCGGGUGGGGGAUUACGGUGAUGAGGGAGGUGCCGUUUACGGUGAUUCAGUUUCCGUUGUGGGAGGGGUUGAAGCGUUGGUCGGUACGGCGGAGAGGAGGAGGGGUGGGGGACGUCACGGCGGCGGAGAGUGCGGUGUUUGGGUCGAUUUCGGGAGCCGUGGCGGCGGGACUGACGACGCCGUUGGAUGUGUUGAAGACGAGGAUGAUGUUGGCUACGGGGAGGGUUGGGGUGGUGCAGCUUACGAGGGAGAUUUGGAGGAAAGAGGGGGGGAAGGUGUUUUUUAGUGGGAUUGGACCGAGGACGACGUGGAUUAGUAUUGGUGGUGCGGUGUUUUUGGGGAGUUAUCAGUGGGCGAGGAAUAUGCUGGGUGGGAGAUGA